AUGAAAACACAACAAAUAUAUAGGUGGAAUUAUGUGUGCUCAAAGCAAGGUGUCAAGAGACAAAAUGAUAAAAGAGUUGGUGUUCACAAUGUCAAAAGGCGAAGAGAUUCAAGGACAAAUUGUUCAGCGAUGUUACAAAUAAAGUUAGUGGAUGGAUUAUGGAUCGUGGAGAAGUUCAAUGAUGCAUAUAAUCAUCCAUUGAUUUUGACUCCUUCAAAGGUGAAUAAGUUUCCUUCUCAUAGUGAUUUACGACGCUCAAAUUUCACUAAAUCACUUGUUACUAAGCUUUUUGAGGAGGGUUUAACGUCAUCAAAAAUUUCAAAGGUGGUGAAUGCUAUGAACCAAGAAGUUAAUAUUAAUUAUGUUCAAGUCAACACUAUUUUAUCAGGACAAAGAAAGAAUAAUGUAGGACGAGAAUGUCAAGGCAUCAUCAAACACUUUCAAAGGAAGUCUGCUCUUGAUGGAUCUUUUUAUUUUGAUUUGCAUUUGGCAAAAGAUGGUACACUAAGAAGCAUUUUUUGGGCUGAUGGCAGGUCGAGAGCUGCAUAUGCUCAAUUUGGUGAAGUCCUUGUUUUUUACGUGACUUAUAAAACGAACAAGUUCAAGUUUCCUUUUGCCCCUUUUGUGGGGGUUAAUCACCACGAGCAAUCAAUUUUAUUUGCUGCAGCUUUGUUAGAAGAUGAAACAGAGGCAACAUUUACAUGGCUAUUUGAACAGUUUUGGACAUGUAUGUUUGACAAGUCUCCUAUUGCUAUUAUGACUGAUCAAGACAAAGCUAUGGGAAAAGCAAUUGCUAAUAUAUUUCCAAAUGCACGACACUGUUUUUGUGCAUGGCACAUAAAAAAACAUGUUAUGAAGCAUAGUCAAGCAUUGCGCGUACAAUUUAAAGAGAGUUUUGAUAUUGACUUCCAAGAGUGGUAG